AUGGCAAUGGCAGGCCAUCGUGGGACAAUGUGGCUUCUUCCUGUUGUCCUCCUUUUCCUUCAGAUGGUGCACACAGUCAUACCAAAUGCAUGUAAGGUCAACAAUGGGAACUGUGAGCAGUUCUGCAAAACUGAAGAUGAAGGAGUCGUAUGUUCCUGUGCUGCUGGCUAUGCCCUGGGCAGUGACAACAAAACCUGCGUUCCUUCAAGUUCCCGUGUGGUAAGCUUCAGAGAAGUCAUGAAGCCAGUCAAGAGAAAGUCACAGGAACCACAGCAAGUCCAGAUGCUCAUCCUGAAAAUGAGGAAACCACCGAGGCCUCAAGCAGCCAUCCAGAGGUCACCGGGGAGGCUGACCAUUUACCCAGCGCGUCCCCAUGGCACGUCUCCUACCAUGAAUGAAGUGGUGUCUCCGUUUCAGCAUCAAGCAAAUGCUGAGAGGAGGAUGCUAGAAGUAGGGUUGCAGGCAGUCAUAGUAAAUAAGUACAAUGAAUGGUUUUGUGGGGGGACAAUUCUGAACGAGUAUUUUAUACUUUCUGCAGCUCACUGCGUUAAGCAGUAUAAAGACAUACAGGUUCUGGUUGGGAUGGUGGACAAAGAAAAGGAAGAGCCACGUAGAGCAAUGCACAGAGUGGAAAAAAUAAUUCCGCAUGCUGAAUUUAAUAAUAAAACCUAUGACAGCGACAUCGCCCUUCUGAAAUUAGAGGAACCUAUCACAUUUUCUGAGGAUGUUAUCCCAGCAUGCCUCCCAGAAAAAGACUUUGCUAACAAUGUUCUGAUGAGCCAAACAUUUGGAAUUGUCAGUGGCUUUGGGAGACCAUUUGAACGUGCGCAGCUGGUCAAAAGAAUGAAAGUGCUUCAAAUCCCUUAUGUGAACAGGCGUACUUGUAAGCUCGCCCUUUAUAGCCCGGUCACAGAAAACAUGUUCUGUGCUGGUUAUGAUAAAGAUGGAAGAGAUGCCUGCCAAGGAGAUGGAGGAGGCCCCCAUGUAACUCAAUAUAAUGGCACUUAUUUUGUCACUGGUAUCAUCAGCUGGGGAGAAGGGUGUGGAAGGCAAGGGAAAUACGGAGUAUACACCAAAUUGUCAAAGUUCCUACCCUGGGUAAGAAGUAUUUUGACAGAAGACUCUUAA